AUGAUAUGGUCUCGCCACACGGCCUUGUCUUCAGUCUCUCGCCACUAUCGGUUCCUUCUACGCUCAUGCGCUAGAGAGUCCUCUCUCGACAUCGGCGAAAGGCUCCACGCCACCAUCAUCACCACCGGCAUCGCCGGAGCACCGGAGACCUUCCUCCACAAUGCCCUUCUCCAGUUCUACGCCUCCUGCGGUUGCGCAUGGCAGGCACGCAAGGUGUUCGAUGAAAUUCCCCACUCGCACAAAGACACUGUGGACUGGACCACCCUUAUGGGCUGCUUUGUACGCCACAAUGUGUCUGAUGAGGCUCUUCUUAUUUUCGUUGAAAUGCGAAGAUGUGGAGUGAAGCCUGAUGAGGUGACGUUGGUUUGCCUAUUUGGGGGUUGUGCUCGGUUGGGAGAUGUGGUGGUUGGUGCGCAGGGACAUGGGUGUAUGGUGAAAAUGGGUUUGGGUGGUGUUGUGAAAGCGUGUAAUGCUGUUAUGGAUAUGUAUUCGAAGUCUGGGCUAAUGGGUGAGGCUAGACGGGUUUUUGAUGAAAUGAAGGGGCAGAGUGUUGUGUCAUGGACUGUGAUUCUUGAUGGUGUGAUUAGAUCAGAGGGUGUAAGGAAUGGGAGAGUGGUGUUUGAUGAGAUGCCUGAGAGGAAUGAGGUUGCUUGGACGAUAAUGAUUGCAGGGUAUUUGGAUAGUGGAUUGACCCAGGAGAGUUUUGCCCUUGUCCGAGAAAUGAUAUUUGAUUUGGAAAUGGAGUUGAAUUACGUUACCUUAUGUUCAAUUCUAACCGCUUGUUCUCAGUCAGGGGAUUUGAUGAUGGGCAGGUGGGUACAUGCCUAUGCUUUGAAGACAAAGGAGAAGGAGCUGAAUAUCAUGGUGGGCACAGCAUUGGUUGAUAUGUAUGCCAAAUGUGGUAGAAUACAUAUUGCAUUUAAAUUUUUUAAGAAAAUGCCUCAAAGGAAUGUGGUGGCUUGGAAUGUUAUGCUUAGUGGUCUGGCAAUGCAUGGAUUAGGUAGAGCUGCACUGGAUAUAUUUCCUCAGAUGUUUAAAGAAGCUAAGCCAGAUGAUGUCACCUUUACGUCUGUGUUAAGUGCAUGUAGUCAUUCAGGUUUGGUUGAUCAAGGUUGCUUUUACUUUGGUAACCUUGAAUCUGUGUAUGGCAUCACCCCUAAGGUAGAACACUAUGCUUGUAUGGUUGAUCUUUUAGGUCGGGCUGGUCGUUUAGAAGAAGCAGAGAUUUUAGUGAGGGAGAUGCCAAUUCGUCCCAAUGAGGUUGUUCUGGGAUCACUUUUGGGUUCCUGCAGCAUCCAUGGGAAGCUCCAGUUGGGGGAACACCUUUUGCAAGAGCUGGUUCAGUUGGAUCCCCAAAACACUGAGUAUCAUAUUCUACUUUCCAAUAUGUAUGCUUUGGCUGGAAAGCAGAACAGGGCUAAUUCUCUUCGCCAGGUUCUUAAGAAGAGGGGUAUUAAAAAGGUGCCUGGCAUGAGUUCCAUCCAUGUUGGUGGCCAAGUUCAUCAGUUCAGUGCGGGGGAUAAAUCACACCCACGAACACGAGAGGUUUACAAUAUGUUGGAUGAGAUGAUUCGAAGGUUAAGGUUGGCUGGUUAUGCACCCAACACCGCCUUACAAAUUUUUGCUGGUUGUGAUAGCUUGGAGGAUGAUUCAGUUGAGCAGGAGGAGAAAGAGCAGGCAUUGUUCUCUCAUAGUGAGAAGCUGGCAAUUUGUUUUGGGCUUAUAAGCACAAGGCCUGGUGUGCCCCUUCAUAUUUUCAAGAAUCUACGAAUAUGCCAAGAUUGUCAUUCUGCUAUCAAGAUUGUUUCUAAGAUAUACAACCGAGAAAUUGUCAUCAGAGAUCGCAAUCGUUUUCAUUGUUUCAAGGAAGGUUCAUGUUCUUGUUGUGAUUAUUGGUGAUCCCAACUGCAUCAUGCUGAUAAUUUGCACUGCAUAAUUACUAAAUUCAUUUGAUUUCUUUUUUCUUGAAAUGUUGUAAUUUAUGGUUCAGGAAAUUGAGCUGGAUUUUGAUGUCCCAUGGAAAUUAGGUUCUUGCACUCCUUAAUUUAUGUUUCUUCUUUGUUUUUCAUUUGGGUAUGUAACUGAUGGUUUACACAUCAUUUCAAAAAACUGUGCAUCUUAUUUGUCAGCUUAUUUCAUUCAUGUUC